UCAAGGGCCCCUUCCUUGAAGGCUGCUUCUACUUUCAAAUCACUCACAACGUUUUGCUUCACGACCACACGUGGUGUGGACGUAGCCACUGCGAGCCCGGCUGCGCGUGAUCCUGUCAUCUGUGUGCAGACAAACAAAAUCCAGACUUCAGUCAGCGACAGUUUCAUGUGUGUGGAAAGGUUUUGGCGUCAUGGCGGCCGCGUGGAUGUCAGUACUUGUCAUGCUGGCAGCCGUGAAUGCAGCAACAUACGAGGAUGACAGGCGAGCAUGCGCUAGCGUCCAGGCGUCCAGUUCAGUGGUGACGCUGGGCUCGUCAGUCACAGCCACCUGUGUCAUCAACGACGACUGCCCCGCACUGGCCGGACACGACGUCGAGUGGCGACUCGACGACUGGGUCCUCCCCGGGGUCAUUCGCGUGGCCGACGGGAGUGGCCGCCGAGCCUACCGGGUGCUGAUCCCAGCUUUCAACCACAGCAGGGCCACCCUCACCUGCUGCCUCGGCGCCUCGCCAGGUCACAUCAUCGGGGGGCUAGAAAUCCGAGCCGGAUAUCCACCGGCGGUGCCCCAGCAGCUGAGCUGUCAGGCCAACUUGUCCAUCCCCGAAAGACUGACCUGUAAAUGGGAAGCCAGCCUGCCGGACACCAACCUGCCCACCAAGUACACCCUCCACACGCACAUUUGGGAUGAUCAUUUGAACCACACAUACGAGCUACUACCGGGGGUCCGCAGCUUCGCCAUCCCUCGCUCUGGCUUUGCCAUCUUCUCGGAAAUGGAAAUCUAUGUGAAGGCUGUGAAUCCGCUCGGAGAGACGAGAUCAGAGCGCCUCACUUUGGAACCUGUAAGCUCAGCUAAAUUUGAUCCGCCAAAGAUUGUGAAGCUGCAAGCGUGGGGUCCUAGCUGCCUCAGGCUAAGUUGGGACCUUCACAAGCAGCAGGUCUGGAUGAGCGUCUUUGUCAGUCUUCAAGUCCGAUUCAAGACAGCGGUGAGCAACUUAUGGAACGAGCGACUAAUCUUGAACCAGACGAUGCCCAGGAGGCCAGUGUACCAGCGUGGUCUGCUGCACGGGAUGGAAUAUGUUGCCCAGAUCCGAGUUAGAUACCAGCAAAGCCCCUGGAGUGAAUGGAGUAGCAGCCAAUCUGCGGUCACCCUGGAAACUGCUCCCACUGGAGCCCUCGACACAUGGAUGAGGAUUACAGGGGAUCACAUGCACAAACAACUCAGCAUGCUCUUGUUUUGGAAGCCGUCGGAACGAUUCCGAGCCAACGGCCGGAACGUGUCCUAUGUGGUCUCUCUGCUGAAAGAGUUGAGUAAGAGGGGGAAGCUGUGCGCCACGACCGGGAAUCACUGCUCUUUCCAGGUUCCCAGGAAAGCCAGGAAAGUGUAUCUCAUGGCUCUGAACGCAGCUGGGAAAUCUACCCCAACGUCAGUCCGAAUCUACCAUCCCAAAGCUGGUGAGGCAUUAUUCGACAUUAGCACCACCACUGGUGAUAACGGGUCCGUGCUGGUCCAGUGGGAGAACAUGGUGACGCCCACUAUUGUUGAUUACGUGGUGGAAUGGAGACCUCUGUUAAACAAUGACCUGUCCCUUGUUCACUUUGAGACUGCAGGACGCAAUCUAUCCAGUCUCGUCUUAACAGGCAGCUUUGAGCCGUACAAACCCUACGGGAUCUCCGUGUAUCCCAGAUUUAAGGACGGAAUCGGCCCGCCUCGCACUCGUAAUGCCUACUUGCUGCAAAAGGCUCCAUCUGUGGUUCCAAAGAUAACAAUUAAAAAGACAUGGCAGUACCAUGUGGAACUCACCUGGGAUGAAAUACCUUUGGACCAGCGGAACGGGAUCAUCCAAAGCUACAGAUUGUUUUACUGGGAUGAGACAAAAAGAGUACAUGUGGCGACAGGAGACCUAGAAGAGCGUAAAGUGGUCCUGACGGGCCUCAACUCGUUGUCUGUUUAUGAUGCUGUGUUGAUGGUUAGCACAUACGGUGGGAGCGCCAACGGGUCCAUGGUUCAAUUUGACGUCAAAGAAAUGAAUCCUAUUCCUUCCGUGAUGAUUGUAGUGGGUACCUUAGUUGUUGUUUUUUCUGUGAUCAUUUUUAUGGUCAUGCUUUGUUACUCCAAACAUAAUCGGCUGAAGGUGCGUUUUUGGCCAGAUGUUCCCGAUCCUGCAAACAGCAGCAUCAAAAGCUGGACCUCCCAAUCCACACAGGAUAUCCGAUCUUCAUGGGACUUUGAGGAGCCAAAUCCAAUAUACCUGUCCCACCUGAGUUUUCUGGAAAUACCCCAGAAGCCCAACAAGGAAGAAGAUGUCACUGCUUGGUUGAACAACACAGAGGAUACUAGCGAGUCCAUCUGCGGUUCCCCUUUCACCCCCGGCUUCUCCUCCUCCAACAGCGACUCGGUGCCCUACGCCACCAUCAUCUUUCCCGCCCGGCAUCCUCAUGAGUACCUGCGCUCUGAGUCCUCUCAGCCCCUCCUGGAGUCAGAGGAGCUGCACAGUCCAAAGUGCUACCAGAACGUGGAUGCGACGGAAGGUUCACGGUGCUUUUUUGGACUGUGCGGGCCCGAGGAGGAGACGGAAGCGGCCACCAUCCAGUGGGAGCACUUUCCUUUUCUCAGAGCAUUAGCUAUGAAUGACACUCAGUGAUUUAAAAUGUUUGACUGGACUUUGUAAUGCAAAAGUGGUGCCUGGACAUAUGAGUUUAAUUCACUAUAUGACCACACUCGUAACUCAAAACACUCAUAUCUUAUGUCAUCUUCCCCCAUUGAAAUAGAAUAGCCUAAAUGGAAAAGCCUUCAAUCCGUUCCAUCCCCCCAUAAAACCCCACAAAUAUUUUUGCAACAUGUUUUAUGAAUAAGAAAAAUACCACUCUAAAGUAUGGUACUUUACAAACAUACAUUAAUAACAUAAUUCAACAGAAUAUAAAGAAUUAACCAGUCUGUGUGUCAUGAUUUCAUGCUUGCAUCCUGCUUUUUCUAGUGUGCCCGCCUAUGCCACCAGGGAGUAGUAUAACACAUACAGACAUGCUCCACAUAGAUUUGAUGAUGCAGCACAGAACAUGUAAUAUUAGUUGUUUUUUCGUAGAGGUUAAAUAAUAUUUGCCUGUGAGUGUUAGUAGAUGUGUCGCUACCGUUUGUAUUCAAAUAUAAGUUGCACAAAGAUAUAUAAACUCUGCAACAUCAAUGCCAGUUUCUUAGCCUGUCUAUGGCAUUUCCCAUUGUAUUAGCAUUAAACUAAGGGACUUAUGUAAGGCAAAAUUAUGUGGUUUGGUUGAAUACACAGGCGGACGACUGGUUAGCACGUCUUACUCACAGUUCUGAGGACCUGGGGUUCAAAUCCAGCCUCACCUGUGUGGAGUUUGCAUGUUCUCCCCGUGCCUGUAUGGGUUUUCUCUGGGUACUCCAGUUUCCUCCCACAUCCCAAAAACAUGCAUGGUAGGUUAAGUGAAGACGCCUGCGACUCUAGUAAGGAUAAGCGGUUCGGAAAAUGGAUGGAUGUAUAGGUUGAAUACACAACAGUGUCUUUUUUGUAUUUGGGUUUACAGUAAAGGCAGUCACAAUAAAAAGAGCUCUGAACCUCUUUUUUGAAAAAUGGUUGGCUAUCUGCCAAACUGCUGCUUGUUGACUUCUUCACUGCCACCAUUUAAUGCUUGUAACUCAAAUUUUUGCUUACAAUUCAAAACAAAACAACGGGUUACUUGUAAAUCGAGGUACUACUUUAUUGGUCAAACCAAUCCAGGAGUUUAUGAUGGUUGAUUACAUUGUACAUGUAGAUGCUUUAUCCUGUUAAUUUUUAAGGAAAUAAAGUUGUUUCUUUUUUUAUG